AUGGUUCGCUGGCUUUUUAAUGAUCUAUGGCGAGGACAAACUAUACCAUGGCUUAUGCCGCCACCUCCACAACUUGUUUACAGUAACAAUAAUUCUCCUAUGAAUUCAUUUUUGGAUUAUACUUAUCCAGUUGUUGAUCGAUUAUCACGAACGUUUACUGGUGAUAGCAUAUUUGACUUUUAUCGCUUUCAGUCAAAUCGUGCUUCAGUUAUUGAAAACUCAAUGAAGAAAUCGAAGAGAACAGCAAACACAUUCAAUCGUGAUUAUCAACUAUUUUGUUGUCUCGGUAAAGGAGGUUUUGGUCAAGUUUAUGAUGGACGACGAAAAUCAGACAAUAGUUCUGUUAUUGUGAAAAUCUUACCAAAAGAUCGUAUUCUUAAUUGGGGAAUAUUUCAAGGCAGACGUGUUCCAUAUGAAAUUGAAGUUCUUUGGCGUCUUCGUGGUUUACCUGGCAUUAUAAAUAUAUAUGAUCAUGUUGAUUUUGUUAUGGAAUGUCCUCCAUUAGCUAACACAGAAGUAUUAAGACAUAUAUUUCGAGAAAUGAUUCGUAUUAAUAUGUCAUUACAAAGUUAUGGCGUUUGGCACCGUGAUUGUAAACCUGAAAAUAUACUUUACUGUAGAAAUGAUCGAUCAUUGCGUUUUAUUGAUUUUGGUUCAGCUGCACCUGCAAAUCAUGGAGAUUUUCAUGAAUUUCAAGGUACAUUAGAAAUAAUGACACCUGAAUGGAUAUUAGAAAGACAUUAUGACGGUGAACAAGCAUGUGUAUGGACGUUAGGCGUUUGCCUUUAUUUUUUACUUUUUCAACAAUAUCCAUUUCGUUCAAAAGCUGAAAUUGUUGAUGGUCGAUCAAAUUUACCAUUUUCGAGUUCGACAGAUAAAGAAGCAUAUCAAACAAUGAAACAAUGUUUAAAUAAAAGUGGAUAUCGUCGUCCAAAAUUAAAUAGUCUUCUAUAUUUAUCAUGGCUUCAAUAA